AUGGCUAGAGCCAAAUCUAAGGCUAGGCCAGCACCAAAUUCAAACCAAAACCAAGACCAGAGCAAGAACAAGAUCAAAGUCGGAGCUAAAGCCAGGACCAGCACCAACGCCAGAACCGAAACCAGAGCUAGCGUAGAUCCAAAGCCAGGGCUAAGACUAGGAAGAGCCCCAGCGCCAGAACCAAGACCAGAGCCACCGAAGAGCCAAAGCCAAACUAGUGCUAAGGUUCUAAGGUAG